CAGGUCUUGUGGUGUCACGCUUCUAACGUUAGUAUUUCUCCCCACGCACGGGGGGAAUCAUCACUUGUCACGAUUAUGCCUCUGUUAAUUUCUCAAUACUCCCCAUUUGAUUUGUUCCCUCUUUGUUUUCAAAGUCUGCCACUUUGGAGGUGGCUGCGAUUUGCUGUUUAUUUUCCUGGCUGCCUUUGUUCUUUACUUCCCAUUCUAUGUGGUCCCUCCAGACCAGGGGCUCCCCGGUGCUCUGCGUGUGGGUGACUUCAUGCCCGCUGCGGCUCGCUCCUCAAGCCCUCCCUAGUUGCAGACAACAAACCGCACUUUUCACUCAAAAAAUCUCCUUUAAACAGAGCUGUGUUUGCAGUACUCUUGCUAGCAUUUUGCCCCGGCCGAAGGCACGUCGGCGCUUGCCCAGCCACACAGGCGGCCCGCCACUAGCUGCCGUACAACAUGGCGGCGCCCACCGCCCCCUCGCACGGCCGGCACAGAGGAAGCGUCCGCCACUCUAAGGCUCCCGGCCAUGAUGAAAUCCCACAAUGCCAUUUUGAGAGGGUGAGGUGAAGGAGGAGAAAGGGUAAUAAGAGAUGGCCAAGCAAACAGCCGUGACGAUUACUUUGGCGACCCUGCUGGGUGUUGCAUUGGGGGGCCUGGUUUUGUGGAAAGCGACCCAGUGUCGGAAAAGAAAAACACGCUGUAGUAGUCAGCAAGAGGAAGCAGCAGUAAAGUCAGGAGAUGAGACACUCAUUAAGGCAGAGGAUAAGAAGGUGCUUUCCUUCUUCAGAUCUCCCACCUUUUUCUGGAUAGAGAGGACCUUUGGUGCAGACAUAGUGAUGGUUUCAGAGCAGGAGGAGUGGGAUCAUGUAGAACCAUUGCUGAAGAAGGAGCUGGAGAAGUGGCCGGUUCUUGGAAUUGAUUGUGAGUGGGUAUCUGUGGAUGGAAAAGCAAAUCCUGUAUCCCUGUUACAGAUGGCUUCUUCCAGUGGCCUCUGCAUUCUUGUUCGGUUGCCCAGGCUUGUUGCCAGUGGCCAGACUCUUCCAAAGACCCUGUUGGACAUCAUGGCAGAUAGUGCUGUGUUGAAAGUUGGAGUAGGAUGCUGGGAAGAUGCUUGCAAAUUGCUUCAUGAUUAUGGUCUUCCAGUCAAAGGGAGCAUGGACCUCCGGUAUUUAGCCAUGAGACAGCGGAAGGAUCUACUUCACAAUUGCCUUAGCCUUAAGUCUUUAGCUGAAAAAGUACUGAACUUCCCGCUUGACAAGUCUCCUCAUGUGCGUUGCAGCAACUGGGAAGCAGAAGAACUGACACAAGAUCAGGUUUUGUAUGCUGCUAGGGAUGCCCAGGUCUCAGUGGCUCUGUUCUUCCAUUUGCUGGGAUUUACCAGCCUCCCUGCUACAUCUGAAGGUGAAAACUCUGUCACUGCUUGGGAGAAAGCACGGGCUAAAUGCCAGGGCUUGGUGGAUAUCCCAUUUAGAGGAAGAAAGAGUGGCAGCACAGGGGAGGAGAAGAGUGGAGAGGGACGUUCUCCUCAGAAAGCAAAGAAUCGGAAGUCUUGGGUGAAUGGCCAGCCCUCUGGCAAUCAGCAAAUGAGAGAUCCACGGAGGCAGAAGCGAAAGCCUCUGGGUGUGGGAUAUUCUGCACGAAAAUCUCCUCUGUAUGACAACUGCUUCCUGCAUGCACCAGAUGGACAGCCCCUGUGCACUUGUGAUCGCAAAAAGGCUCAGUGGUAUUUGGACAAGGGGAUUGGAGAGCUAGUUAGCUCAGACCCUUUUAUUGUGAAGCUGCGGUUUGAGCCUUCAGGACGUCCCGAGUCUCAAGUUGAUUAUUAUCUGACAAUCAAAGAAAACCUUUGUGUUGUAUGUGGCAAGCGAGAAUCCUAUAUCCGGAAGAAUGUUGUUCCUCACGAAUACCGAAGACACUUCCCCAUCCAGAUGAAGGACCACAACUCACAUGACGUGCUCCUGCUCUGCACAUCCUGCCAUGCCAUCUCCAAUUACUAUGACAACCACCUGAAGCAGCAGCUGGCCCAGGAGUUCGGGGCUCCGAUCGGCUCUGAGGAAGGUGUGCGUCUCCUGGAGGACCCGCUGCGCAGGCAAGUGCGCUCGGGAGCGCGAGCCCUGCUGAAUGCAGACAGCCUGCCUGACCCUCGAAAGGCAGAGCUGCUGCAAAGCAUCAAGGACUUCUAUAACACAGACACAGUUACUACAGAGAUGCUCCAGGCAGCAGCUGGUCUGGAAACCAGGAUCUGCAAUGAGAGCUACGUGCCACAUGGACUGAAGGUGGUGCAGUGUUGUGCUAAAGGAGGCCUGCGCUCUCUAAUGCAGCUGGAAAGACGCUGGCGGCAGCAUUUCUUGGACAGCAUGAAGCCCAAACACCUCCCAGAGCAAUGGUCAGUGGACCAUAACCAUGUGAAGUUGAUCCAAAAGUAUGGGGAGGAUCUUCAGAUCAAGCUGUCAUGAAACUAACUUCCUGGACUCUGGAUAGUGUCUAAUGGACAUGUGUGACUGAAGAUGGAAAGACUUUUUAUUUCUGUGUCUCCACUAACACCUCGGGCCUGGAUUUGCAAAAAGGCAGCAGUCGAUCUGCCAGAUUUGCCAGUUAGUGUUAAAUUUGACGGUUUACAGACUUAAAUCCAUUGACUUGAGCUUUCAGGUGGUUUGGAAGUUUAAUCUAAAUCUGUCACUUAGUAGUUCAGUGCCAGAAUGAUGUGAUAUGAUAAAGGAGCUUGUAUACUCAAAGUGACUGUGAAGAAUAAUUUUUUAGCCCCCAGGAUGUCUGAUGUCUCUAGGCCAUCUCUCAUAAUAGAGUGAGUCCAGAGAAAGGCAACAAAAGCACAAUACAUGAAUGUUUCUAGAUUUUCUGAUAUAGAUUUGUGCCCUUGGCUUUACCUUGAGAGUCUUUACCUUGAGGGUCUUCUUGAUAAGAAUCUUUCUUUGUUUU